AUGGUCCCACUCAUCCAGGGUCAGCUGCAGCCCUACCAGAAAGCCAGCAUCUUCCCAGCUGCCCUAAGGAACUGGUUUUCAGCCAGCCUCUCUGGCAUCCUGAGGCUCCUGCUGUGAGAGCUGAGUCUGUUCUAUAGCCGCGACAUGAGUGGGAGUCUCCUGUACGACCUGCUGCGCUCCCCGUGGCUGCAGGCUCUGCUGAAGGUCUACGGCUGCCUCCAGGAAUUUAGAGAAAAGAAACCAGUUCCUACCACACUCUGUGCACAGCAGUUAUCCUGGGAGGUGGGUGAUUCUACUCCACACAGCAGUGGAGCUCCGAUGGACACCACAUUACCUGCAGUGCUUGCUGAAGUCACCUAUAACACUGUGGUGGAAGUUUGGCGAUUAUGCUUGUUAAAAGACCAGGAAAACGCAAAUGCGCAUGUGCUGGUGACCCUAAGUCACGCUCCAGAUCUCUGCAGCUCGUGUGCACUGUGCCGGGCCCGAUGCAAGGCUGCGCGGCUUGCACUCAAACCUCCUUGGGGUUCUGUCAACUUCUCCCGACGGCGGCGGUUGGGGAAGAUCCACGACGGUCACGGUCCGGAGCUGCUGCCCACCUCAGCUGAGCGGGACAGUGACCUGAAGAUUGACAAGAAGUGUGUGGAAGCAGGAGGGACCAGCGGGCAGCGGGCAGAGCUUCUUUCUGGGUGGGUGAGGACGGCAGCCGGGUCCGUGUCCGUCCGCCGGAUGCCGUUUGCGGACGCGCUUUCCAGACGUGGAGGUGCCGGCGCGGGAGAGCAGGAACCGCGGGCUCUGAGGGAAAGACGCUGGCCCCUCACAGGCACCUCCGCGCCCCGCCCCCCGAGCUCCGCCCCAGCGCUCUCCCGGAGACGCCCUGCCUCUUCCGCGCCCGCCUCGCACAGACAGCGCGGCCCGUCUCAUCCGUGCUCGCCUCCCCGCCCUGGCUUCCGCCGCAGCCUGCGCCUCUGUCGCAGGAAGUCGCGCCUCGGCCGGCCCGGUGGCCCCGUAAGAGGAGGUGGCCAGGUACCAGUGCCGCCCGCCCGGCCCCGCCUGGCCGUGCUCGUGCUCGUGGGGCCUUCUGGUGUUGGAGUCAAUGAACUGAGAAGACAACUCAUUGAAUUUAACCCCGGCCAUUUUCAAAGUGCUGUGCUACACUCUACUCGUUUCCCGAAGGGCUAUGAGGUGAAUGCGUAUCACUAUGUGUCGAAGGAAACAUUUGACAGCCUCAUACAUAGUCACAGGAUGCUGGAGUAUGGUGAGCACAAAGGUCCCCUGUACGGCACCAGGGUGGAAGCUGUUCAUUCGGUUCUUGAUGAGGGACGGGUCUGUGUCCUGGACUUAGAGCCUCAGGAUAUUCAAGUGGCUCGAACCCGUGAACUGAAGCCCUAUGUCAUAUUUAUAAAGCCAUCUAACAUGAGUUGUAUGAAACAAUCUCGGAAAAAUGCCAAGGUCAUUACUGACUACUUUGUGGACAUGAGCUCAAGGGAUGAAGACUUAGCGCAAGAGAUGGAGACUCAGUUUGGGCAGGUUUUUGAUCAUGUGAUUGUGAAUGACAAUUUGCAAGACGCAUGUGCCCAGUUGUUGUCUGCCAUACAGAAGGCUCAGGAAGAACCUCAGUGGGUACCAGCAAAAUGGAUUUCCUCUGAUGUGGAGGCUUACUCAGGCCUCUAGUUUCAAAUUGGGGUGUUAGCAUUGUACCCUUGUUACAGAGAUAACAGCUGACAUCUAAACUGCAAUAUUUGACCCUAAUUAAAAUGUGUGCAACUUGUAAAGCACUGGUUUAUGUUAGACCCAAUGAAAUAGAACCAACUGGAAACCAAUGUAAUAGUCCACACAGGAGUUUAUUACCGGCCAGACCCGAGCAAAGUAUCGGACUCGAGCCCCGACUCGGGGGAGACAAACAGGUUUUAUACACUUUUGAGGCCAGCAGUUUCCAGGCCUCCCAUUUGAGAAAACUAGCAAAACAAGCAAAAUAUACAUAAGCGGAACGUCUUGAGGUUAGAACAAUUCAAAGCCACAACUCAGGAUAGUUCAUUUUCUUCCUGUUAUUUCUAAAGGGGCUUUCCAAGGGGUGGAGAUUUCUAAACUUUCUCUUUCUGGGUUCAUCUAAAGGACAGGCAUGUGGGUCAGGCAACAAUAUGGAGUCUGUUAUGCUAACUAAGGUCCUUCA